AUGUGGAUACCUCUUGCUCAGAGAAAAGCCCAAAAGUUUCGACCCUGGCAGGACUCGAACCUGCAAUCUUCGGAUCCGAAGUCCGACGCCUUAUCCAUUAGGCCACAAGGCCUGAGUGCUUGUUUUUGCUUGGGAACCUCUCAGUACGUAUUGGACAAACGUCUUUCCGAAAUCAUGUCGAUACCUCUUGCUCAGAGAAACGCCCAAAAGUUUCGACCCUGGCAGGACUCGAACCUGCAAUCUUCGGAUCCGAAGUCCGACGCCUUAUCCAUUGGCCCAAGGCCUGUGUUGUUUUUGAACCUCUCAGUUAUUGGAAGUCUAAUUCUGAAAUUAUGUCGUACCUCUUGCUCAGAGAAAGCCCAAAAGUUUCGACCCUGGCAGGACUCGAACCUGCAAUCUUCGGAUCCGAAGUCCGACGCCUUAUCCAUUAGGCCACAAGGCCUGAGUGCUUGUUUUUGCUUAGGAACCUCUCAGUUACGUAUUGGACAUAGUAACGUCUUAUCACCUGAAAUCAUGUCGGAUACCUCUUGCUCAGAGAAAAGCCCAAAAGUUUCGACCCUGGCAGGACUCGAACCUGCAAUCUUCGGAUCCGAAGUCCGACGCCUUAUCCAUUAG